AUGGGUUGUGUUCAGACCAAAACUAACUCCCCAACUCAUGGCCUUCAAGGCCUUCACAAGUUGAAAUUGGAUCAUGGGUAUGUCAAGGGAGGUAAGGGAGGAAAACCCAUUAGCCAAAAACACUCCAGAAAGGAUAUUAAGGUGGUGAGGUUUAAUAGAGAGGAGAAGGUUGUUGAUGAAGGUGGUGUUGGUGUUCCUGGUGGUGGAGGAGGAGGAGGAGGAGAGGGUGUGAUUGGAAGGGAGACAGAGAAAGGUAAAAAUGGUGGGAAUGUUUCAGGAAGGAUUACAUUGAAGCAGAUUGGAGGAGAUGAUGAUACUGUGGGUGGCUGGCCAAAAUGGCUUGUUGAGAAUGUGCCUGAAGAUGUCUUAUCUGGCUUGGUUCCGAAGACUGCUGAUUCCUAUGACAAACUUGCUAAGGUUGGCCAGGGAACCUACAGCAAUGUGUACAAAGCUCGUGACAGGGACACCAAAAAGAUUGUAGCUUUGAAAAAGGUCCGCUUUGACACAUCAGAGCCAGAGAGUGUCAAGUUUAUGGCGAGGGAGAUAACAAUACUACAGCAGCUAGAUCAUCCCAAUAUCAUAAAGCUUGAAGGGAUAGCUACAUCAAGGAUGCAGUACAGUCUAUAUCUGGUCUUUGAUUUCAUGCAGUCGGACUUGACCAGAGUAGUCUCACGUCCUGGACAGAGGCUCACUGAACCGCAGGUGAAGUGCUAUAUGCAGCAGCUGCUUGCUGGUCUGCAGCACUGCCAUGAGAAUGGGAUUCUACACAGAGACAUUAAAGCUUCUAACUUGCUAAUAGACAAAAGUGGGAUGCUCAAAAUUGCAGAUUUUGGGCUUGCAAAUUCUUUUCCUCCCAAAAAACGUCCUCUUACGAGCCGAGUUGUGACACUGUGGUACAGAGCGCCAGAGCUGUUGUUAGGUUCUACAGAUUAUGGAGUUGGUAUUGAUCUUUGGAGUGCAGGAUGCCUAUUGGCAGAAAUGUUUGUUGGGAGGCCGGUUAUGCCUGGGAGAACAGAGGUUGAGCAACUUCAUAGGAUCUUCAAGCUUUGUGGUUCACCCGGAGAUGAUUACUGGAAGAAAAUGAAGCUACCAACAAGCUUCCGACCACCACAACAUUACAAACCUAGUUUUGAAGAAUUCUUUAGGGACUUCUCAACAUCAUCAUUUGGUCUCUUGACAACACUUCUUGCUCUGUACCCGGCAUCUCGUGGCAGUGCUGCUUCUGCUCUCCAAAGUGACUUCUUUAGUUCAAGUCCGUUGGCAUGUGACCUUUCAGCUCUACCGGUAAUGUAUAAGGGGGAAGAUGAGUGGAUUCACACCCGGGAUCGGAGGAAGAGGGCUUCCAAACCAAAACAAUUGUCUCAAACAAAUCGUGAACUUCAUCAAAGAAAGGUCCAAGAGGUCAGAGGAGAGUUUGAAUCUUCUAAUAAGUUUCUGCUGGAAAAGAAAGCAGAACCGAACAUGUACCGCCAAGCUACGGGAAGUUCUUACAGCCAGGAUAUGGAAAGCAUGCAUAGCCAAGAGAUGGGAAGCAUGCAUAGCCAAGAGAAGGGGAGCAACAGUGCAAGCAGCAGCACUUCCUCCAAUUUUAAACCAAGCAUAUAUGAGAACUUGCAUGCAUCUUUUUCUCCGACAAUCCGUUCUCAUAAAAAACGAUUCCCAACCACUGAGGGUCAUCCUUAUGCUCUCAAGAACAUCAACCCUGAUGUUCUUAAAAACAUCAAGGACUUUCCCCUCUUGCGGGCCUCUAUAACAGAUAUCGCUGAAGGCAGUGCACUGUCCUAUUAUCACAGAUCUCAUUCUACAUUGGACUUCCGAAAUCUUGAUCCGGAGAAGAUGUGAUAACUGUUGGGACUGGACAAAGAGUAGACAAUUGGAACAAAUCUUUAUCACCUCAAGCUGUUCUACUCCUGGCCUAGAGGCUUAUAAUUCUUUUCCCCACUUUUUUUCGGUCUCAGUUUUCCCCUUGUAUGAUUUUGUGCUAUAAAUAAAUCUGUAUCUGGGGCCCUUUCUUUACUAAAUCACUUAUGCAAAAUUCUCUACGGAACGUCAAUAAGGGAAGUUAGUUUUGCACUGAACUAACGAUUACAGAAAAGUAGUAAUAUAUUGAUGAUCUUU